AUGAACUGUCACACCUGUUCACGGAGGUCUCUUGGCUUAUUAUUUCGCUCCGUCUUCGAUCUCGAGUCCGCCAUCCUACCCACUACGAUAUCCGGUCGUCACCCUGCGUUCUCACGAUUCUUCUCUACCGCGCGCCGCCAAUCACAGUUGGAGAAAGCCCCUACAAAUAGUGCAAAGCCUCUGGAGAGUCAGAAGAUCCCAGAAUCAAGCGAUGCAGCCGAAGCAGAGAAAGAGCGUCCGGCGUGGAUGGUCGAGAAAGAAGCCGUGAAAAGGAAGCUGAAUGGGGAGGCCUGGAAUCCCCGCAAGAAGCUCUCGCCGGACACCAUGGAAGGCAUUCGACAUCUGCACAAGACGCAGCCGACCAGGUUCACGACUCCUGUUCUCGCGCAACACUUUCAGGUCUCACCAGAGGCUAUCAAGCGCAUCUUGAAGAGCAAGUGGCGGCCCUCGGACGAGGAACAGGAGGACAGAAUACGGAGAUGGGACAAGCGCGGUGAACAGAUUUGGACAAAUCUUGUCGAGCUGGGCGUGAAACCGCCGAAGAAGUGGAGAGAGAUGGGUGUAGGUCGGGCACAGAAUGGGAAGAAGCCCAGGUGGAAGACUGGGUCUAGAAACGCCGUAGUCGUGAAGGACAGCGUCAGCGGUGGCGACUUUGGCUGGGCAGAGGAAGAUUUGAUACCAAUUGUAGACGGAAAGUCCGGGGCACCGUCGUCUCGCAAGGCGCACAUGCCCUUUUCGGAUCGGAUGGGUGUGUGA